UCCAGCGCACGCGCACGCGCUGUGGCAGCGAUCCUCGCCUCUGGCCUUGGGCGUCCAGAGCAAACGUAGCCGCCUAGUCCCGCCGAACCGAACCGAACCGAAUCCGGCUGCAUCGCCUCUGGUGGCUGCCGACUAUGGCUGCCGCGGGUUGCGCCUGGGCCUGGCUGCUCCACGGCACCUCCGUGGCCCUAGGCGGCGCCGGCCGUCGGUGGCUGCUGCUCCCCGGACCCCGCGCGGCCGCUCCCCUGUGGAGCCGAGGCCCGGGCCUGUGCCGGGCGUUGCGCGUGUCGGCGCAUGCGCGGAGCAGCUCAGAAGAUAAAGUCACUGUCCACUUUAUAAACCGUGAUGGUGGAACAAUAACAACCCAAGGAAAAAUUGGCGACUCCUUGCUAGAUGUUGUGAUUGAUAAUAAUCUAGAUAUUGAUGGUUUUGGUGCAUGUGAGGGAACUCUGGCUUGCUCUACUUGUCAUCUCGUCUUUGAAAAGCACAUAUAUGAAAAGUUGGAUGCAAUCACCGAUGAGGAGAAUGACAUGCUUGAUCUAGCAUAUGGAUUGACAGAUAAGUCCCGAUUGGGCUGCCAGAUCUGUUUGACAAAGUCUAUGGACAAUAUGACAGUUCGGGUACCUGAAGUUGUAGCCGAUGCCAGACAGUCCCUUGAUAUAGGCAAGAACUCCUAAGGAAGACUCAAGAAAUGUUUUCAGGAAACUCAUCUAUUUUUAAAAGUAUUGUUUCUUAAUGUAAUUAAACGAACCUGGAUGAAUGGUUUUACUAUAUCUAGCUUUAUUACUUUAAUUCACUUUGUGUAAUGACUUACUUUUGUAGUUUUGAAAGUAUGCAAUCUUUAUUUUUAGUUAAAUUAUAAAAAUAAUAUCAACUAUUAGAAAAUAGUUAAUCUAAUAAAAUAUUAACAUAUUUUA